AAUAAGCUGGACAUGUCGUCGAACGUUUGUAAGCUUUCUGGUCCUUUCCCUUGCGUGUAAGCGUUGUUCGAGGUUCAGGCGAUGAUGACAAAGGACCGCGUGCUGGAUUCAGACCUGGCCUUACUGGUCAUCUGCGCAGCACGUGCAAACCACGCGCAUCAAGCCAGUCCUUCUUCAUCCCGUCCCCGAACAUUGGUUCAGUUGGCGCGUCCAAAUCAUGGCCCUGGAUGGGAUAGAGCCUUGGCGUAUCUCGCUCCACUGUUUGGACGUGUGGGGCCAUGUGGCGGGGCCUUUGUGCCCAUACUCUGGUAUAAUGGAGCUUGUUGGCAACUUUAACUGAGGUGUCCAAUUCGAAAGGCGGGGUUCAACGGUUCCAUGUCAACGCAGGGAAUGGUAACCUUC